AUGCCAUAUUCAGAAUAUGAACAUUCUUCGAUACCUGCAACUGUAAAGAAACUUUUUAACCUAAAAUCCAACUUUCUGACAAAGAGGGAUGCUUGGGCUGGCACCAUUGAGAAGUAUUUUAACCUCCGUGAUACUCCACGUGAUGAUUGUCCAGUUACCCUGCCAGAGGUGAAGAUGUCGCUUAGACCAUGGGGACCAAAGGAAGAUACAAAACUCUCAGGGUUCCAAGUUGAACUGAUCCAGCUUGCACCACAGUUAAAUGGUGAUUAUGUCCUGAAUACUUACCCAUUCAUUGGCAAAAGCAUGACAGUGGGUGAAGCCAACAGAUAUGCACAGGAUGCUGUCAAGAGAUUCCUGGAAGCUGGAAGGGCUGCUUUAAAAGCUGGAGCCAAUGAAUCUGCCAUUAUAACAAUGAUACCUUCCCUCACUAGCCGAACUACAGGAGGUUACGUCAGCUCUAUUGAAACCUAUUGA